GCGAAAUGUUUGCAUUCUGAAACUUGAACCCUCCAGACUGUUUGCCAUGGCUGGCCACAUGCUGGGCUUUGCGCGAGUGAGAAGACUCUUGCCGCUGAGCCGUAUGACUUGGCGCAACAUCGCGGUGGUGGCGGAGCAGACGCCCAAUCCCGACUCGGUCAUGUUCUAUCCGACGGAAAGGGACGUCCUGGGCGAGGGGAUUCAGACGAUGCGAUUUAGCAACAAGUACGAGACCAGCGAUUCCCCCCUGGCCGCGGCCAUUUUCAAGGUGAAGGGAGUCAACGAGGUCCUGCUGGCCGCGAAGCACGUCACGGUCACGAAGACCCCUUCCUCCGACUGGAACCUCUUGCAGCCGAACCUCGAGCUGGUCAUCAGCCAGUUCUAUGCAGCGGGCCUGGAGGCGCUUAGAGAUGGAGUUCCUCGAACGGCACAGCGGGCGGACGCACAGGUGUUCGAUCCUGAGAGCAUCGAGGGGCGAAUUCUACAUCUUUUGGAAGAGCGUGUCAGACCCUUCGUGCAGCAGGAUGGCGGUGAUGUAGAGUUCGACCGAUUUGACAACGAUUCUGGGGUUUUGUAUCUGCGGAUGAUUGGUGCCUGUUCUGGGUGCCCGAAGUCGAGUGUGACCUUGAACAUGGGCAUCCGAAACCUCAUGGAGCACUACAUCCCGGAGGUCAAAGAUGUCCUACCGACUGAUGACUAGACGGAAGCUGAACAAAAGCGAACCAGAGCGAAGCCGCUACCCACAGGUGGUCGCUAGACCCUUUGCGAAGCAC